AUGUUGCCAUACAGACUCUUUGUUUUGAUUGUGGCUUUCAUGUGUCCGGUCUUUGCCAGUCCAAUACCAUCCCCAGCACUUGCAGGUUUUGAUUUGACAAGCCGCAAGCCGCGUGAAGAUUACUGCACUGAAUCUAUCGAGCGAUACAGUCCAGACAAACAACAAUGGAUGAAAUUCCGCCAUUGUCUCUGGGUGAACCCUGAUAGUGGGAAUGCCGAACUCUUCACCUACAUUGAUGACGUGCAGUAUUGGAAAAUUUCCUGGUAUCGACCAUCUAAUUACCUCUGGAGUGUGGACGCGCACUUGAUUGGGGAAUUACUUGUUUCAAACUCUGGGACAGCAUCAGGCACGAACGUUAAGAGGGAGAUUGGAAAAAUCGAAGAUUCGAUUAAGCCUGGGCGCCACGAAUGGAAUAUUGGGUUAGGGGUAGACAUAGACGAGGGUUCACAAAGCCUGAUUUACGACGCCGUGUUUACUUUUGACAUUGACUCUGUGUAG